AUGGAGGCCGGCAGGAGUUCAUCAAGUUCAGGACAAGGUAAACCCUCGCGGCCCGCCCCCGCCCGCGCCCUCACCCCCGCCUCGGCUCCCGCGCCAACCGCCCGAGGCUCCCGCCCCACCCGUGCUCGCCCCAACCAACGGAAGCGCCGCAAGAUCGAGCGCCCCGACGCGGAGCCCGAGGGACCCGACGUCGACUGGCCCCUGGCGCCCUCCCAGCCCGCCUCCCCGUCCCCCGCAUCCUGGCCCGACGCCGCCCCCUCCUCCCCCGCGCCUAGGGCGCAGCCAGAGACACAACCUUCCCCCGCCUCGCUCACGCAGCGGGACGCCCUCCGCGUCGCCGAGGAGUUCUUCUCCGGGCGCGGCUCCUCGGACGAGGACGGCGACGACGAGGAUGAGGGCUUCGAGCCGGAGGACGGCGGGGACGCGGCAGCGGGGUUCUUCCUCGGCCUGUUCGAGCGGGACGCCGCACUACGGGGUACUACGAGCGGAUCCACGAGGAGGGGGAGUUACGGUGCAUGGGGAGGAAGAGGAAGGGAAGGAGCUGUUGGGGAACCCAGGCCAGGAGGUUCCGGGACUGCAGCAGCCUCGUGCACCACGCGCGUGACGCCAAACACUACGGGAGGCCGCUGGCGCACAUUGUCUGCCACGUGCUCGGCUGGGACAUCAAGCGGCUGCCUAACUGGCACUCUCUGGAAAUUGCUAGACGGGAAGUGCGAGGGUACUCUCGAGUAUUAG